UAUAUUUGAAUUGUUGUGACUUUUGUAAUCAAGUGUCAAUUGAAACAAAUAAAACUAAAAAAAUCGACUUAAAUAUUAUUAUAAAAUUAUUCUAAAAUUAUAUAUGACUAUUAAAUUAUUAAUUUUAUUAUCUUGAUACUUUUUAUAUGAAAUUCAAUUAAAACAAAUAUGGAAUCAAGAACAGAAUUUAAAAUAAAAAAUCCACCAACUGAUGCAAUAUCAGCUGUUGAAUUUGGUCCAAAUUCAGCACAAUUUAUUUUAGUUGCAUCAUGGGAUUCAACAGUUAGAUUAUAUGAUAUUUUAACAAAUACAUUAAGAUUAAAAUACAACCAUGAUCUUCCAGUACUUGACGUUGCAUUCCAGGAUGCAGUACAUGCAUACAGUGGUGGUCUUGGUAAUACCCUAAAAAUGUAUGAUAUUAAUACAAAUACUGAAACAACAAUGGGUACACAUGAAAAACCAAUACGUAAAAUUGAAUAUUGUUCAACAAUAAAUGCAAUAUUAACUGGUAGUUGGGAUGGUUCAGUUAAAUUAUGGGAUCCAAGAAGUCCAUCAUGUGCUGGUACAUAUUUACAACCAGAUACAGUACUUGCAUUAUCUGUUUGUGGUGAUAAAUUUGUUGUUGGUACUGCUAAAAGAAAAGUAUGCAUAUGGGAUUUAAGAAAUAUGUCUGGAAUGUUUCAAAGACGUGAAAGUAGUUUAAAAUAUCAAACAAGAUGUAUCAAAGGAUUUCCAAAUGAACAGGGCUAUGUACUUAGCAGUAUUGAGGGUAGAGUUGCUGUUGAAUAUCUUGAUACAACAGCUGAAGCACAAAAGAAAAAAUAUGCAUUUAAAUGUCAUAGAAUUAAAGAAAAUAAUGUUGAAAAUAUUUAUCCAGUUAAUGCAAUUAGUUUUCAUUCAGCAUAUAAUACAUUUGCAACUGGUGGAUCAGAUGGUUAUGUUAAUAUUUGGGAUGGUUUUAAUAAAAAAAGACUUUGUCAAUUUCAUAAAUAUAAUGCUGGUGUUGCUGCACUUAGCUUUAGUCAUGAUGGAUCUGUACUAGCAAUUGGUGUAUCAUACAUGGACCCAAAUGAAAUGGGACCUGGAAGUCAUGAUGAAAAAGAAAUUUACAUAAGAUAUGUCAAUGAUCAAGAAACAAAACCAAAAUAAUUUCUUUUUUUUUUUGUACAAUUAAUUUAAAAUAAUAAUUAUAAUUAAACUUUUGAUUAUUUUAUCAAAAUUUUUAAAUGUAAUAUUUGUUUUCUUUUUUUUUUUUAAUUGAAAAACAAAUUGAACAGCUUUUUUUUUUUUUUUUAAUAAAUAAUAAAAUUAAUUAUAGUGUAAAUACCUUUUUAUUUAUCAUUAUCAGUCAUUUUUGUUAGUUGAUAAUCCUUCACUGAAUGAAGACAGAUUUCAAAUUCAAUUUGAAAAUCUAGAUUCUUCAGCUGAAACAUAAAAUAAAAUGAUGAAUUUAUGUUCACAUAAAUAAUAUUCUCUCUUGCCAUUUGAUAAGACAUUUAAAAAAAAAUAACUAAUGACAAAUUACCUGUAUGGUUUUGUUUUAUUUUUUUUUUUUUUAAUAAAAAUUGAAAUUCUCCAAAAAAUACAUUUUAUUAAUCAUUAAAAAGAUUAUUUGAUUUGCGGACAAUUUAUACAAAUUAAAUUAUGCAAUAUUUAUUGUCGUAUUUAAAAGUAAAUAUACCUUUAUGAAAAUAAUCUGACAGAAUCUGCCAAUUUUAUCAAAUUAAAAUCACGUUUUUGCAAAUAAAAAAAAAUCAAUAAAACUUUUACAAAAAAAAGCUUCAAUUACUCAAUAAAGUGCUUGAUAAAAAGUAAAAUU